AUGCAGCCCUGCCUGCUGCUCGCCCUGGCCCUGCUGGGCACGGCCUCUGCCCGCCACCUGGCCGCUGUCACCUCCGAGGUGGCCGAGCCGGAGCUGGAGGCCGAGGACAAGGAUGGGGACGUGGAGUGCCCGCUGGAGGACGAGAUGAAUGCGCUGAACAUCACGGACACGCAGAGCACCCGCACCUUCCACUACAUCAUCGUGAGGCGGUGCCAGACCUUCCACCGAGCGCAGAAAGUGUGCUCCCGGUGCUACCGCGGGCGCCUGGCCUCCAUCCACAGCUACCGCAUCAACAUCCUGCUGCAGUGCAGGGCUCACACCCGCGUCAACAACAGGCGCGUCUGGAUCGGGGCCAUCACCCGUCCUCAGGACGGCAGCGUGUUCUGCCGCUGGUCUGACCGCAGCAGCUGGAACUUCGCCUACUGGCGGCACGGCUACCCCCGGCUCUCGAGGCGCUUCUGCACCACCCUCAGCACCAAAAAUGGGCACUGGAGGAGCACACGCUGCCGGGCGAGGCUGCCCUUCAUCUGCGAGUACUGAGGGUGCCGUCCCAAU